AUGAGGGAUUUGACAGGUAGAGACUUACAUAGGUCUACAAAGAAUAGGUUUGCAACUCAAUAUUACACACUAGAAAGUAUUCAAAAGUAUAAAACUCCUUUACAAAUGAUGUUUGUGAAUGAUAGAUGGGCAAAAACUAGAUUUUCAAAAGAAAAUGUUGGAAUUAAUGCACUUAAAAUUGUCACAAGUAGUACAUUUUCGGAAGAUGUUGAUUACUCUUGUAGAGUGCUGAAGCCUUUAGUUAAGGUUGUAAGGUUAGUGGAUAUUGAGCGCAAACCUACAAUGCCUUCUUUUUAUGAUGCAAUGAGAAUAGCAAGGGAUCAACUAGAGGAGAAUUUCAGAGAAGAUGAUGAUACUUGGGCUGUAAUUAAGGCUUGCUUUGAGAAAAGAUGGAAGAAUAACUUUAACCAUGCUUUACAUUGUGCGGCCUACUAUUUGAAUCCUUCCAUAUUCUACAAUAUUGAACCUUAUGAAAUGGACAAUAAUGAGAAGUACAUAGAAAUCAAAAGGGGGCUUCAUAAAGAAAUGGAAAGGCUUAUACCCAAUGAAGAUGAACUUGAGCUAGCUACAGGUGAAUUGAUAAAGUAUACUGAUGUUGUUGGGGUCUUGGGAACUCCACCUUGCAAAAAAAGAAGAACCAUGGAUCAACCUCAUGAGUGGUGGAUUACUUUUGGAGGAAUCGACUCGCCAAACCUACAAAAAUUUACAAUCAGAGUAUUGAGUCUUACUUGGUCUGCUUCCCCAUGUGAGCGAAACUGGAGCACAUUUCAAAAUUACAAUAAGAAAUUGAAGCGUCAUUACAUAGAAAUCCAAAAAUAUAACGAUGAUGAUAAAGCUUAUGAUCCUAUUUUCCUGGAGGACCGUGAUGAAAAUGAUGAAUGGUUGGCUUUAGAAAAUUUGCAUGACUUGGAGAUGGAAGGUGAUAAUGUAACUUUUGGUGAUUUGCAAGAAACAGUUGGUGAAGAAUGUGGGAUAGUUGGUAGUAGAGGUGCCUGUAGUUCUCGAGGCAAGUCUAUGUUUCCAACUAACUCGGAAUACGAUGGAUAUGAUACUGAUGAUUUGAUGUUGGACACCGAAAGAGGGCUACUCGGUGGUGACGGGAACGAUGGAGUUACUCCAGAUGAUGAUAUCUAUGCUGAUUCAUCCUAUAUUGAUUAG